AGGGAGGUUUCUCAGGGUCCGGCCUGGCGGAGGGAGGGGCCCGCCAGCCGCCCUCGCAGCCUUUACCUGUCCUGCCAGGGGACUGGGGGCGCGGCGCAGCCCGAGUCCCGCCCUCCGCGGCCUGGUCCCGCCCCUCUCGGGAUUUAGUGCUGGCAGCCCGGGCGGCUCCCAGCCGCCGCUUCCGCCUUCGCCAGGUGAGGUCUGGAUAAGCGGGGCGCCCGGAGCUGGGGCUGGCGGAGCAGCCGUCGCUUGGACAUGCUCCCCGAGGUGGGCUCCGUGUGGCUGCUGCGGCUGCUCCGGGACAUCCAGCUGGCUCAGUUUUACCAACCCAUCCUUGAGGAGCUUAAUGUUACUCGGCCAGAACACUUCGACUUUGUGAGACCUGAGGACCUCGAUGGCAUUGGCAUGGGCCGGCCUGCUCAGCGCAGACUGGCUGAAGCUCUGAAGAAGCACCGUUCAGGGCUCAAGUCUAAGAACUGGGUCUACAAGAUCCUUGGGGGUUUUGCCCCUGAGCAGAAGGAGACCACCCCACCCUCGGACAACACUCAGUCCCUCCCUGAGCCAGAGGGAGGACUCAAGUGUCUGAUCCCAGACAGUGCUGUGUGCAGAGGGGAGCUGCUGGGCUCCGGCUGCUUUGGUGUGGUGCACCGAGGGCUGUGGACACUGCCCAGCGGCCAGAGUGUCCCAGUAGCUGUCAAGUCCCUGCGAGUGGGUCCAGAAGGCCCCAUGGGCACAGAGCUGGGGGAUUUCCUGCGAGAAGUGUCCAUCAUGAUGAACUUGGAGCACCCACACGUGCUGCGACUGCAUGGCCUCGUACUGGGCCAGCCUCUGCAGAUGGUGAUGGAGCUGGCACCACUGGGCUCCCUGCACGCGCGUCUGACCGCUCCGCCCCCUACACCUCCGCUGCCAGUGGCCCUGCUCUGCCUCUUCCUGCGGCAGUUGGCGGGGGCAAUGGCGUAUCUGGGGGCCCGCGGGCUGGUGCACCGAGACCUCGCUACGCGCAACCUGUUGCUGGCUUCGCCACGAAUAAUCAAGGUGGCCGACUUCGGUCUGGUGCGGCCGCUGGGCGGUGCCCGGGGCCGCUAUGUCAUGGGCGGACCCCGGCCCAUCCCGUUUGCCUGGUGUGCUCCAGAGAGCCUGCGCCACGGGCUCUUCUCUUCUGCCUCGGACGUGUGGAUGUUUGGGGUGACGCUGUGGGAGAUGUUCUCCGGGGGUGAGGAGCCCUGGGCUGGGGUCCCACCGUACCUCAUCCUGCAGAGGCUGGAGAAGGACCGAGCCAGGCUGCCUAGGCCUCCCCUCUGCUCCAGGGCCCUCUACGCCCUCGCCUUGCGCUGCUGGGCCCCCCAUCCUGCUGACCGGCCUAGCUUUUCCCACCUGGAGGGGCUGCUCCAAGAGGCCUGGCCUCCUGAGGGACGUUGUGUGAGGGAUGUCACAGAGCUAGGUGCCCUGAGAAUGGAGUCUGGGGACCCCAUCACUAUCAUCGAGGGCAGCCCCGACUCUGCAACCUGGAAGGGCCAGAAUGGUCGCACAUUCAAAGUGGGCAGCUUCCCAGCCUCGGCAGUGACGCUGGCAGACUUGGGGGGCUUGCCAGCCACCCGUCCAGUCCACAGAGGCUCUCCUGCCCGGGGAGAACGUCGCCAGGGAAGCAUAGAUGGGGACAGAGUGAAGGCAAAGCUUCGGGAUCCCCCUCCAGCCCGGGGCCAGAGAAGGGGUGUGCCCCUGCAGAAGAUGAAAGGCAUUUCCAAGAGUCUGGAAUCGGUUCUGUCCCUGGGUCCCCGCCCCACAGGAGGUGGUUCCAGCCCACCGGAACUUCGACAUGCCAGAGCUGUGCCCCAGGGACCUCCAGGCCUGCCACCCCGCCCUCCCUUUGCCUCAGGCUCUUCUCAGCCCAGUCAGACCCCCAGGGAGCAGCCUCCCUGGCCCAAAAGAGAACCCCCCCACAGUCACCCCAUGGGCGUGCCAGGAGCCAGCAAAGCCACCGUCCCCUCUGGAGGCCUCUCACCCGACUCCGAGUUUCAGAGGAGGAUUAUGGAGGUGGAGCUGAGCGUGCAUGGAGUCACCCACCAGGAAUGCCAGGCAGCACUGAGGGCUACUGGGGGAGAUGUGGUUUCUGCCAUCCGGAACCUCAAGGUAGACCAGCUCUUCCACCUAAGUAGCCGAUCCAGAGCUGACUGCCGGCGCAUCCUGGAGCAUUACCAGUGGGACCUCUCAGCUGCCAGUCGCUAUGUCCUGGCCCGGCCCUGAGCUCUACUCCCUUGGGCACAGACACCAGCCUGACCAAGGGCCUGGCCACAUGGGACCAAGCAGAAGCAGAAUAAGGUCCUAUCAGAGCAGACUUUCCCACCUGGAGAGAUCUUGCUGUAGCUGACACAGGAGGAGCCCAGGGUCGGGCACUGACAAGUGUCUCCUACCCUGCCCCUUGGCCUCUUGAGGGCUCAAGCUCCUUUGGCUGGGUCAUAGAAGGAUCUAAUUUACUCUGCCCACCACAUUCCCAACCAAAAGGAGGUCUUGGAGGAACACAGCUGCUAUACAUCAUACCCACAGGAAGCUUCUACUCACUACAAAGAAUGAUCAAGUAGCCAUACUGGACCAGGGGAAUAGCCAUCCUGAACUGCCAUCAGCUACCAUACUGGACUUUGGGGGCAGCCAUCUUGGAUGAUGGAAGCCAAACUGCCUUGGCUUCGUCUGGGGUCAUCAUGGAUGAUGAAAGUUGCUCUCUUAGACUCAAAGACACUUGAUCCUGGCAGCAUGGAUAAUGAGACAGGCCAGCCCCUCCCCAGCCCAGCUGUCAUAUUUCCUUUUGUUUCUUCCUACACCAAAUCUUUUUUCUACCCUCUCCCGUUACAUACAUUUUCCAAUGUCCAAAAAGUUACAAAGUUUAUAUGAAUAUAACAUACAAAGA